AUGGAUAGUAAGGAAAAAACUGAUAAAAAGCUUAAUGUCAUCAUCAGGGGUCUGGACUGCAGAUCAAAGGAUCCUUUGGAUUUGGUGAAGGAAUUUUUCAGUACGUACUUCAAAACUGUCAAAAAUGUCGUUCGAGAAAUUGCUGAGGUUGUUACAGUUGGUAAAGAGGAUAACAAAAGUCUGAUAGUCACUCUGAAGAGCUUAAAUGUGAAGAGAGAGUUGUUAAAGUUGAAGGGUGCGUGCCUUAAAGACACUAACUUCUUUUUGGAGCCUGAUAGAACUGCUCUAGAAAGAGAAAUUCACUGGAGAGCUAGGCAAUUUGCAAAGAAAAAGCGUCAAGAGGGUCACUCUGCCAAAAUUGGUUUCAAGGGCAGCACCGCUGAGGGGGUGCAUGUAGAUGAGGACUGGUUUGCUUGGAAUCUGUCGGCUGGUGAUUUUAUCAAAGAACAAAUUAAGCAGAAUGGGAAACCUCCACCUAACUUGAAGAAAAAAUCGAACGUCUUAUUUUGUUUCUGGAACUGUCAUGGCAUGGAGAAUCUGUGGGAGGCUUCUGAAGCUCUGGGGAAUGCUUCCAUCAUUGGUGUCUCGGAGACCUGGCUCACUGAGGAUCCAAGAUUCAUUCCUCAUUGGAUUGAGUCCAAAUAUGAGAUCAUAUGGAGUCAUGCUACGAAGGAGAGUACUAUGGGUAGAGGUUCGGGUGGUCUGGCUCUUUUGGUGAAUGCGGAAUUUCAAGUCACAGCCCUUGACUGUUCGAAUUGGUGGAUCUUCGCUCAGAUAAAAUCUGAGGAAUGUAUUAUCACGGUUGGAUUGGUGUAUAUCCCGCCAUACCGCAAUGAGUCGCAGUAUGAUGCCGUCAUCGAUCUACUUGGAGCCACGCUGAGCAACAUUGUGGAGAGAGUGGGUAAUGACCCUCUUAUCAUUGCGGGGGAUUUCAACGGCAGAAUAGGCAACCUCAAUGACAUGGUUCCAGAAUUGUUGCUUGGUGACUCGAUGAUGAUUAGUGAGCGUCUGUGCUGUGAUAGUGUAGUGAAGACAAAGGGCCGGGUCCUUUUGAAUGUGAUGAAUGAGAAUGGAAUGUUUUUGGUGAAUGGUCGGGCUCCAGGGGACUGUCCUGGGCAAUUGACUUUCAGUAGCCAUCACGGUGUCAGUACUGUAGAUUUAUGUUGGGUCAACAUUGCAGCUCUGAACCUUGUCCAGGGAUUGGAAACUGGAAUGCUAGUGUUGUGUAAGGAUAGACAUGGCGCCUCAGAAGGUGGAACCACUCAGUAUAACAGAAAGUGGAUGGAUAAAGAGGCUCGGAAAUGCAAAUCUGAAGCAAAUAGGGCCUGGAAAGUUUAUAAAAAUAAUAGAAUAAAUGAGAAUGUGAUUGUAGACGCUAUGUUACUUGAAGAUUUACACAUGAAGAAGAAACAGUUCAAAGAACUUGUAGAUGUUAAAAAGAAAUUAUUUUAUAUUGAGCUGAGACGUAAGAUCGCUAAUGUUAAAAAUAUAAUUGAGUUCUGGGAAACUAUCAGGGAAUUGGGAAAGAAAUAUGCGGGAGGGAAUGUCAUACUUAAAGAAGUCUGGGAGAGUUUUUAUCUUGCCAUUUAUCCACCUCGGAUUUUCUUUGAAGUCUCAUUCGCGGAUGUGAGGCAUCCUUUUUUAGAUGGCAAAAUUACUCUCGUAGAAUUAUCGUCUGCCUUGAGGUCUGCUAAGGUUGGCAAGGCCCCGGGUCCGGACCUGAUUCCUAAUGAAUUUUGGAAGGCUCUGCCCCAGAUAGGUUUGGAUUUUGUAUUGGAUCUUUUGAAUGAAAUCUGGGACAGGGGGGUGGUUCCGGACGCGUGGCCCUGCGCUGCUUUGACGAUGCUGCACAAGAAGGGUCCAGUGGAUGAUCCUAGUAAUUACAGGGGAAUCGCCCUUACAAAUAGUAUCCUCAAAAUCUUCACAAAGAUUCUGGCUGUUAGGAUUGAGAAAUGGAUGGAAUCUUCUGAGAUUUUGCCGGAGUCACAGGCGGGAUUUCGUCGCGGAAGAGGUU